AUGGACAAAAGAAGAUUGCGUGAAGGAUUGUACAACUGGGCUAACUCAGAUGAAAUAACAUAUCUUAAAAGUUAUAUUCAAACUGAAAUUAGUUCCUUAAAUGCAAAGAAUAAUAAAAAAGAAUUUAGAGAAAAAUGUUUACAAGUGGUGGAUUAUUUAAUAAGUCAAAAGUAUAAUGUUCCAAGUCGUUCAACAGAAGAGAGAUGGAAAGAAGUACUUUCAUUUUAUUUACGUAAAUAUUUUAGAAAGCCUACUAAACAUGGCAUAUGUCCUUUUAUUUUGGAGGAGAAUGAAAAAAAACUUUUAGAAUUAUCAUAUGAAGCAGAAGAUUUUUGUGAAGGAAAAACUGCUUGGAUACAAGAAUUAAAUAACUAUAAAAGAUUGAAUAAAAAUUCAAUUAUAUGUAAUGGUGAUUCUCUAUGUAUGAGUAAGUGUAACCAAUAUAAUGUGUGGAUUGAAGAAAGAAAGAAAUCUUUUUAUCAAAAUAGCAUCUUCAGCGAAUACAAAUCCAAAAAUAUAAAAUCAUCAAAAAUUAAAUUUCCAUCAAACAAAAAUUGCAAACUGUUAAACACAGAAACAUUUAAUCAAUGUGAAUGCCUCCUCUCUGAUCCAUCGGCAUCUGAGAACCUUCCUCCUAAAUCAGAAAGUGAACAUUUACAAAUACAACAUGAACAAAGUGCCUCUCACAAUCAAAAUCCCCCACAAGCACAAUCUCCACAUCUAGAAAAAUCUAAUCUUGAAGAAUCAGUGCCACAAGAAUCUCCUACUAAAGCUGAAAAGAGUCAAAUUGAAAGUAUACGACCUACAAAAGAUGCUAAUUCAGAAAUAUCUACAUUUUCGGAAUCUGAGAGUCCAAAAUCAAAAGAACAUUUUACAUUAGAAAAACAAAAUCAACUAGUUGAAGGAGAAUUCCUUGCUUCAGGAAUCGUUUCGGAAACUACUGAAUUAUCAGUAUCUUCCUUACAAACUCCUUACUAUACUAAACCCCUUAUAAUGAUAGGACCAAAAGAAAAUUCAAAUAUCUCAUACACAACAUCUGUUUUAAUCAGCUUCCUAGUUAUUUUUUUAUUUGUACUUUUUGUUAAAUAUGCACUAAUGAGACUUUUUAAAAAAAAGAAAGAUAUUAAAAGAAGACAAGUGAAAUUUUUCAGAUUACUAAUACCUUCAAUUUCUAAUAGAAAAAACAAAUUUUUAAUAGAUGAUCAUUUGGAACACAUUACACAUGAUGACAAAGAAAUUAUAAAAAAAAUAGAAAUAAAUGAACUUAAUACUAAAAAAAAUGUAAACUUGUUAAAGCAAAAAAAGGACAGAUCAAAAACUAUUAUAGAAGUACAUAUGGAAGUACUGGAAAAAUGUAGAAAUGAAGAAUUGGAAUACAAAAAGCUAGAAUAUUUAGAAAUAUGUUUAAAUGAGUUUACAAAAAAAGAAUAUACAAUCCAUUCUAAUUUAAAAAAUGAUGAAAUAAUAAUGGAAGAUAUUAAAACUAUAGAAGAUACUGAAAACAAAAUUUUUCUAUGGAAUAAAUGGGUAAAAAGAUAUAGAAAUCUUUCACAAAAAUUGAAAAAAGAAGAAUGGUUUAAUAACUUAAAAAAUGAAUGGAAAAAAGAACAAGUUUACGCAAAAAAAAAGAAAGAAAUACAAAAAAAUCUGUCAGAUGAAAAUCAAAAUUUUCUAUAUUUAGAAAGAGAAAAAGAUAUAUGGAAAAAUUGGUUACCUAAAAAGGGUGCCAUUUUAGAACAAUAUUUAGAACAAAAAUUGUUUAAGGAAUUGACAGAAGAAUUACAAAUUAUGACUAAUGAAUAUAAAAAUGAACAAACUAGAAAUAAUAUAUCCCUAGUAAAUAUGAUGGAACUGCAACACAUAGAAAACUAUGAAGAAUUAUACAAAUAUAUAAAAAAAAAAUUAGUGCCAAAACUUUGUAUACUCGUAUUUAUGAUGGUAUUUGAAGAAUGUGAAAAGGAAGAGUACAUAGAAAAUAGGGAAUCGUAUUUGGAUGAUACCAUAAAUGAAUGCAAAACUAAAAAAAAUUCAAAAAAAGAACAAGAAAUUAAAGAAAACAUAAUUGAAAUUAACGACUUCUCAGAAAAUAGAAUAAAUAGAGAAAUUCACCGUUAUACAUAG